AUGUAUUUCCUCAGAUUCGAAGCCAAGACUGUACGCAAUACACCAGUGGACGGGUCUAUUGAAGUCGAUAGGGGUGAAGCCAUAGGCGGCCAUCUUAACUACUGGCAGUCUCUCAUUGACGUCAAUGGGAGUGAAGCUAUAGGCGGCCAUCUUAACUACUGGCAGUCCGGGCGGGGAGACUCAGGGCCGGGGGGCGAGGACGGCAGAUUGUCAUCCAUCCAUCCAUCCAUCGCUAGUAAGUAUGAUAGCGGUGUGGAAGUUUUCGUCCUGUGUGACAGGGUUGUGUUUGGAAGAGGGCCAGCAGAGUGUGGCGCUCCUCCAAUGUCUUCGAUGACGGAGCUCCUGGAUAGGUGUGAUGAUUCGCAGCUGCUGGAAUUGACAAAUCAUUACCGCAAGAGGCUGGAAAAGGCGAUUCAAGAUGCGCGAGUCAUCAAACGCUCCAAGAGAGGAAGCCGUGCGGCCGGUUCCACACUUCUCCUCAACCUGGUGACUGAGAAAGAGCCGCGGGUCCGUAAUCUGAUAUGGAAAUGUUUCGUAAAAAUGCACCACCUGCUCCCCAAACUGGAGGAGUUGCUGAAAGCAAUGGGGGAAAAAGGUUCUGAUCUGAUCGAAUCGUUCAACAAUGACAUGAAGGCUUCCUCGGAACUAUCUGCUCAUCUGAAAGAUGUUCAGCAGAAGCACAUGGAGACACUGAAGGCACAGACUGAAAUACUGAGCGUGAACACCAUCCUGAUGAAGGAGAAGGUUAAGGUUUUCCAGCUGCUUGAUCGAUACGCCAAGCUCACGGUCAUCUCCACUCGGCUGGGACCGGCUCUGCACAAGUGUCAGGAAUUGAGACUGGGACGCAACGACCUAGGUGAUUCCGGAGUGAAACUGGUGUCUGCGGCUCUGAGGAACCCGGGCUGUAAAAUACAGAUGCUGUGGCUGCAACGUGUCGGUCUCACAGAUUCUGGAGCCGAGGAUCUCGCCUCCGCUCUCAGUACAAACCACACGGUGACGAAGCUGAACCUGAGUGAGAAUAAACUGGGAGAUUCCGGAGUGAAACUGGUGUCUGCGGCUCUGAGGAACCCGGACUGUAAAAUACAGACACUAUUGCUGAACCGUGUCGGUCUCACAGAUUCUGGAGCCGAGGAUCUCAUCUCCGCUCUCAGUACAAACCACUCACUGACGCAGCUGUACCUGGGAGAUAAUAAACUUGGAGAUUCCGGAGUGAAACCGGUGUCUGCGGCUCUGAGGAACCCGGACUGUGAAAUACAGAUACUGGGGCUGAACAGUGUCGGUCUCACAGAUUCUGGAGCCGGGGAUCUCACCUCCGCUCUCAGUACAAACCACUCACUGACGAAGCUGUGGCUGGGUGAUAAUAAACUUGGAGACUCCGGAGUGAAACUGGUGUUUGCGGCUCUGACGAACCCGGACUGUAAAAUACAUAGACUGGGGCUGGAUGGUGUUGGUCUCACAGAUUCUGGUGCCGAGGAACUCGUCUCCGCUCUCAGUACAAAUACUUCGCUGACGGAGCUGUACCUGGCACAGAACUCCCUCACAGACCAAUCUGUCCCCGCUCUCCACCGCCUCAUACUGGCCCUCCCCAGACUGAAGUGGAUCAGGCUGGGGGCGAAUAAGUUCAGUCCGACCGGGAAGAAGGAACUGAGGUCGAUGCAGGAAUCCAGAUGCAGACUGAGAGUGGUCGUGUGAACAUCUCGGGUGUAAACGUCACCGCCCUGGGAAUGGGAAUAAUGUUGUCCGAUUCCCCGCCCUCCCCUUGAAACGGCCGCCCUCCCCUUGAAACGGCCGCCCUCCCCUUGAAACGGCCGCCCUCCCCUUGAAACGGCCGCACUCCACUUUAAACGGCCCCCUCUCCUUUAAACCCCGACACUUCCCGUGCCUUCUGGGCUGUGGCGUGAGAGGUGGCCCUGCCUGCUGUCACGUGA